UUGAAAACAGGUAUGUUUGAAAGAAGUAAACCUUUUAUCAAAUUCUUUCUAGUUCAUAAUCAAAUUAAGUUUUUGCAAAAAAAAUCGAUUCCUGUGGCUCGAUUUUUAUCACUAGAAAAUAAUUUAAUUGAAACGUUAAAUGCAAGCAUGUUUAUUGACAUAUGGUACGUGGAAAUAUUAAAUUUGAACCAUAAUCGUAUAAAGAUGAUUACGGCUUCAUCAUUGAUAGGUUUAAAUGCAUUUUCUUUAGAGUUAAACCAUAACCUUAUAGAAGAUUUAGAAGACAGGUCAAUACCGGAAGUAGAAGAAAUGUACAUUAAUAACAAUAAACUAAUACUGAUACAUUCUAAAAUGUUUGUUAAUAUAUCAAAAACAUACAAACUCGAUGUGAGCUGCAAUAACAUCACCAGUUUUAACUUUGAAAACUCUAAGCUCAAUGCAUUAAAUAUGAGCUACAAUCAAAUUACAUACUUAUCGCAAAAUUAUUUUUCGGGAAUGAAGUUGUUAACGAAUUUAUCACUGUCUAACAAUUUGAUUUCAUCAUUGGAAACGAAAUCAAUACCAUUGGUUACAAAUCUAAAUUUGAGUUACAAUUUGCUUACAUCCAUCGAAGCAAACAUUUUCACCGAUGUGGAUCUUCUUAAGUCUCUUGAUAUAAAGAACAAUUGCAUCAAAUAUAUAGAUUUGAAAUUGGCGGAAAAGUUGAUCGUUUCAAAUAGAAAAUUGAACGAAAAGUGCACACUGGAUGUUAAUCGUAUGACGGAAAAUUUGAUAUCGAAAAGUGCAGGUUUUGCAAUUAUCAUAUUAGUCAUGUUAGUUGUGGUUAUAGCCGCUAUUAUAAUAACGGUAUAUUCAAGACGAUUAGCUAAAUCCUCAAGGCAUUGCGUCCAUUUAACGAAUCCUGAUACACCCAACGCAGAGUUACCUUAUGAUCGCGUUACAAAUUCAGUAUCUAAUAUCAAUAAUGCAGUAUACGUAGAAACUUCAAACGAAUAUGAAGUUGUAGACCUAGUUAUAAAUCCAAUGUCUAACAUCAAUGAUGGAGAGUACGUAGAAGCUACAAACGAAUAUGAAGUUGUAUUCCCAGUUACAAAUUCAGUAUCAAACAUCAAAGACGGAGAAUACGUAGAAGCUACAAACGAAUAUGAAGAGAUCAACGAUAUUGCUGUACAACGUGAAUCCUACGGAUAUUUGGUCCCUCGCUCAGCUUCAUGAAGAUACAAUGAGGAGAGUGGACACAAUUUGCUGCGUUUCAUGCA